CUCCCCCCCCCUCGGAGAAAGGGAAGAGCGGCGCCCGCUUCUCCGCUCUGCUCUCGGCCGGUAAGUGUGUCGUUUACAUAGGAUUGUGGUCCCCUCCGUUGACCUGCCAACAGCAUGGCUGCCCCCAGCACAGAAGAAAUGAAGAGCUUCCGGAAGAGUUUCCGGGAGAAGAACCAAACCUGUUUCAUCUUGGGUGCUUCUGGGGAAACCGGGAAGGAACUCCUAGCCGAGCUCUUGAGGCAACAGCUUUUCUCCAAGAUUACCCUUAUCGGCCGCCGGAAGAUGGAAGGAUCGCUUUACAGCAAUGUGUCGCAAGAAGUUGUUGACUUUGAGAAACUGGAUGAAUCGGCGGCUGCCUUCCAAGGCCAUGAUGUUGGGUUUUGCUGCCUGGGGACAACAAAGGCCAAAGCCGGAGUGGAUGGAUUUGUGCGGGUCGACCGCGACUACGUUGAGCACUCGGCAAAACUCGCCAAAGCUGGCGGCUGUCACCACUUUGUCCUGCAGUCGAGCAAGGGGGCCAAUAGCUCCAGCCGCCUCCUCUACCUCCGGGUUAAGGGUGAAGCAGAGGACAGGGUCCAAGCAGUUGGCUUUGACCGUUGCUCCAUUUUUAGACCAGCAGUGCUGCUGUGUGAUCGCCAGGAGUCUCGGCCGGCCGAGUGGAUGGCCCAGAAAUGCCUCGGAGUGGUAGCCCUUGUCUUCCCCACGGCCCUUUCUGUCCCUACCGUGACUGUGGCGCAGGCGAUGCUGAAUCACGUGGUGAUGCCAGGAAAGGAGGGCCAGAAGGUGGAUGUGCUGGAAAAUGCAGCUAUACAUGCCCUUGGGCAGGCGAAAUAAGGGGCGAGGGGAUUGUUUCCUCAAGCAGUAGGGCCUGCCUCUUAACUUGAGACCAUUCCUCUGUGUCUCCAGGGUAAUGGGACAAACGGCAACACCUCCCAAGGCAGCCGUUUCGAGUAGCACUGCUGGUUGCCAGAAGGACAAAUGUUUGAUUUUCACUGCUGUGCAAUGCUCACGAAAGAUUGUAAAGCACAUCUGUGGAGGGAGGGCGCUGUUAUGGGUCAGUCUCCUCUGUGCCUUGAUCUAUGGGCGAUCUGUUCUUGGUACAAGUCUUCUUUUCCUGUCGUGCAGUAAAUUAAGAUCCCCUCAAGUGCUUGUUUCCUUACUGCUUGAAGGGACUGAUCCGAUACCUCCUGGGCUUGCUGCCUCUUCAGGAAUGGGGCUGAAAUGGCACAAGCCUUCAAUAACUGCUCUGCUCCUGUCAGUGUCUAUAAAGUGUGAGAUUGGGGUACCCAUGUCUGAAAACAGUGGGUCCGUCACCAUUUGGACCAAAGAUGAUGCCCUUCUAGGCGUUUCUGUGACACGGGACAUAUUUGCAACCCUGGCAAGACUGAGCUGCCAAGCUUUCAGACAUGUCAGAAUCUGAGCUGGCGCUGGGAACCUGGCAAUCUCUUCCUGUUCCUAUACCAAAGAAGGCUGUGAUUCCUUUUUAUGCUGAACUUCUGUUAUGGCUCAAGGGAAAAAUGGAAUGUUAUUCGACUCUCAGGGGUGAAAAUGAAUAAGGGACGCUUUUUCUACACAGGCUGAAAAGAGGAAUGUAAUAAUGAACAGGAUUCAAAUAUUAUCCACCACCCCGGGAUUUUCUGCUUUGCUCCAAACCUGCGUUACAGCAGUCCCUACAAGUUCCCAAGAGGGCACAAGACAUGUUCACAUGAUCUCCAUUC